CCGUGUUAUUUUUAAAUUUACAAUUUAUUUAGUUGCGUUCGACAAUCGAUUAUUAUAAUAAAAUGGCAGAAAAAAGGAAGCGUAGUCAAAAUUUUACAGUGGACGAAAAAGAUAAGUUGGUGAAAUUGGUGUGUGUUUUUAAAAACAUCAUUUUAAAUAAAAGAACAGAUGGUACAACCAACCAAGCUAAGAACGAGGCUUGGAUAAACCUCUGUUCUCAAUAUAAUUCAACGGGAAAUAUGUACAGGAGUAAAGAUGCUCUCAUGAGAGUCUGGGAGAAAAUGAAAAGCGAAGCAAAAACGUACAACUCGAGAAACAGGAGUUGUGCAACUGGAACCGGUGGAGGACCCUCAACUAUAAAAACAGACCCAAUAUUAGAACAAGUCUGUGAAUUAAUGGGUCGAGGUUGCAGUGGUAUUGCUGAUGUUUUAGACUCAGAUUCAGUUAUCCCAAUUUCAUCCAUCAAUACAAAUGUUAUUGAUCCAGAACUGACCAGUGAAGAAUCGCAGGGUAUAAUUUUAGACGCUGAACUGGUUACGGACAUGGGAACAAAUGAAGUUAAGGGAGACGAACACAAUGUAGUGAACACACCACCAUGUUCUAAAAUAUUAGAAACUCCUCUUUGGAAAAGGCGUAGACCAAUUCUCAAAGAAAAUCCCCAGACGGAAGUUGUGUCUACCCUGUGUACAGGAUUCAGGGGGAUAAAUGAAAAAAAAAUUGAAAUUGAAGAUUUAAAAAAGAAAUUGCUGGAAGAAGAAAUAGAAUUUAAAAGAACCUUAUACAGUUUACAAAUAGAGUCAGCAAGAAAAGAUUUAGAAAUAAAAAUAGAAGUUCUUAACCAAAUAAAGGGUGGAAACUUCAAUCUGAAGAAUUUAUUUGGUGUGCCAAAGAAUGACUAAAUAGAGAAAUUGUAUUUU